CAAACACACAGCACAGACAACGCACAGAAACUCCAUCGCAAGCAAACAGCACGGACAACGCACAGAAACUCCACCACAAACACACAGCACGGACAAUGCAUAGAAACUCCAUCGCAAGCACACAGCACGGACAACGCACAGAAACUUCAUCACAAGCAAACAGCACGGACAACGCACAGAAACUCCAUCGCCAGCACACAGCACAGACAACGCACAGAAACUCCAUCGCAAGCAAACAGCACGGACAACGCACAGAAACUCCAUUGCAAGCAAACAGCACGGACAACGGACAGAAACUCCAUCGCAGGCACACAGCACAGACAACGCACAGAAACUCCACCGCAAACACAUAGCACGGACAACGCACAGAAACUCCAUUGCAAGCACACAGCACGGACAACGCACAGAAACUCCAUCGCCAGCACACACAACGCACAGAAACUCCAUCGCAAGCAAACAGCACGGACAGCGCACAGAAACUCCAUCGCAGGCACACAGCACGGACAACGCACAGAAACUCCACCGCAAACACACAGCACGGACAACACACAGAAACUCCACUGCAAGCACACAGCACGGACAACGCACAGAAACUCCACCGCAAGCACACAGCACGGACAACGCACAGAAACUCCAUUGCAAGCACACAGCACGGACAACGCACAGAAACUCCACCGCAAGCACACAGCACGGACAACGCACAUAAACUUCAUUGCAAGCACACAGCACGGACAACGCACAGAAACUCCAUUGCAAGCACACAGCACGGACAACGCACAGAAACUCCACCGCAAGCACACAGCACGGACAACACGCAGAAACUCCACUGCAAACACACAGCACGGACAACGCACAGAAACUCCACAGCAAACACAGAGCACCGACAACGCGCAGAAACUCUACCGCAAACACACAGCACGGACAACGAACAGAAACUCCAUUGCAAGCACACAGCACGGACAACACACAGAAACUCCAUCGCGAGCACACAGAAUGGACAACGCACAGAAACUCCACAGCAAACACAGAGCAUGGAAACGCCACAACCAGGCUAGAGCAUGA